AUGUCUAUCACGUCGUUCUUGAUGCUCAUGCUCCCUGCGGCAAGCAAUGCUCUGUAUAAUUUCACUCCAGAGAAUGCGUCAACCUUUUAUGAUGCGGAACUACCAACCCAAUAUUCCUUGCCCGAAUCUCAGCUUGUCACAUCUUCCGUUAAUUCAUUCUGGUCCACUCACUUCUUGACCUCGGCCAACUCGACCGAGUAUGUUCUCUUGUCGCAGGGCUUCGUACUUCCCUCCGGCACUGUUACAGUAAGGACCUCUCUCCUGGACGCCAGCAACCCAGAAAACUACUGGCAGAGCACAAAAAACGUCCCUCUUCAGAACAACUCAACGAACAAGGACGGAAAACUCAGCAUCGAAGCACCUGGCUUUGAAUUUUCGAGCAACUCUAAUGAUAGUAUUUCCACCAUGGUCUCGAGUGGUUCGACUGAUCACUAUGAGUAUAACCUUACCGUGAAAGCAACAACUCGGGUCCUUCUGAAUGCUGGAACGGGUUACUUCUCAUGGGGAAACGGCAAAACUUCGCAGUGGUCUCUUCCGAGCUGCCAGACUUCAGGCACGUUGAUUCUAGGCGACCAGAUCCUCCAGGUCGACGAGGAACGCUCGAUGACCUGGUACGAUCGUCAGUUCGGAUUCGGCGGAAUUGACAGCGAAUUUACUUGGUUUGGGGUUCAUUUCCCAGGUUCGGAAGUCAAGGCCAGCAUUUGGCUCUCCGACAAUGAGGACCCAGCACAGCAUUUACGAUUUGCAACAGUUCGUACCAACCACGGUUUGGAAAUAGUCCGCUUCAACGUAACAAUCGAGCCGGAGAACACGUGGACCUCUUCGAAGUCCAAUUACACCUACCAAACAAGAUGGUUCCUUGACUUCGACAACGGAGAUUUCCUUGACAUCAAGAGCGUCCGUAACGACCAAGAGAUUUACGCAGAGAACUCGAUCUUCUCAUCAUCACCCUUUACAACUGUAAAGGGACGGUUCUUUGGUCAGAAGACUGGCUUCGCUCUUCUGGACAUCUCGCCUCCGACAAGCUUACAAGGGGGCAAUGCCGUAUUCUAA